GUGCGCGAGGCUGCUGCGCGCCUCGGCACGAGCAUCGUGCGCACGCCGUUGCUCGAGGCACCGUCACUCAACAGACUCGCGAGCGCGCGCCUCGACAAAAAAGACCUGCGUGUGCUCGUCAAGGCCGAGUGCCUGCAGAAGACGGGCGCCUUCAAGUUCCGCGGCGCGCUGAACCGCCUGCUCGAGGAGGACAUGGACGACGCGGCCGCGCGCGCGCGCGGCGUCGUCGCGUUCUCGAGCGGCAACUUCGCCCAGGCGCUCGCGCUCGCCGCCGCGACGACGGGCACCAAGUGCACGAUCGUGUCGCCGCACGACGCGCCGCCGCUCAAGCUGGAGCGCACGCGCGACUACGGCGCGACCGUGGUCUUAUCGACGGCGGCUCCCGGCGUGAACCGCGAGGUUGCGGCGUCUGGGAUGGCCGCGGCGUUCGCGGAGGAGCACGGCGCCAAACUGCUGCACCCCUUCGACGACUGGGGCGUGAUUUAUGGCCAGGGGACGCUCGCCCUGGAGAUUUUCGAGGAGGAGGAAGACGUCGCUUCGUUGAUCGUGCCGACCGGCGGCGGCGGCAUGCUCGCCGGCUGCUGCUUAGCGGCGGAGCUCGCGUCGCCCUCGACGAAGCUCUUCUGCGUCGAGCCGGCGGGCUACGACGACCACCGGUCGAGUUUCGAAAGCGGCGCGCGCACGCCGCUGGCCGGCGCGCCCGCGGCGACGAUCUCGGACGCGUUACAAGCGUCGGCCCCGGGCGAGCUCACGUGGGCCGUCAACGGGCCGCGCGUCGCCGGCGCGGCCGCCGUGCCCGACGCGGACGCCGUCGACGCCAUGGCCGUCGCCUUCACGGAGCUCAAGCUCGUCCUCGAGCCCUCGGGCGCGCUCGGCCUCGCGGCGCUCCUCCGCGGCGACGUGCCGGUGGCCGACGGGGACACCGUCGCCGUCGUCGCCUGCGGCGGCAACGUCGCCCUC